AUGGCUCGCUUUCCUCGCGUCGCGACUGGCGCCACGCUGCCGCUGCGGCUGCCGCUGCUGCUGGUGGUGGUGCUCGCUGUGCUGCUGGCGCGCCGCGAUCUGGGAGUCGCAGCUGUUCCUUCGCUGGGCACGGGCGCGACGCCAGCGCACUCGGUGUACUACAACGACGGCGUCAACUACGCGAUGAGCCAGUUUGAGAAGGGCGCUCAGUGCGUGGCGGACGACGACUACCUGUGCGCCUUGGAGGCCUUCCUCUCGGUCAUCUCGUUCUCGCCGGCACUCAUCGAGGGUCACCUCAACUUUGGCAACUGCAUGGAGCACACCAACAAGAUUGAGCACGCGCUCGCCGUCUACCACUCGGCCCACCUCGUCGACCCGUCGCAUCGCUCGCCGCCCAACUUUUACUGCAGCGCCGCGGUCAACGCCAAGCUCUACACCCCGCUGUCUGCAGAGAUGUGCCGACUGGCUGCGCUGGGCCACCCAGAGGAGCCCCGCAUGCAGCAGCGCUACGAUGCCGUGCGUCUGAUGGUCCUCACCGAGCAGGCGCGCAGGAGGGAGGCCGAGGAGAAGGGCGAGCCGUUUCCCGAGUUUGUCUCGCCUCCGCCGCCAGUCCACGACACGCAGGAGGACUUGAUUGCCAACUUUAUGGCGGCAACGCCCGUCAACCCGCCCCGCCGCCGGCUGGAGAGCAUCUGCGCCGCUGUGACGAUGGGCUGCUUUUUCGACUCUGCCCGCAUUGUCUGCGACGCUGCCGCCCGCGACGUCGAGUCGUCCGUCUAUGCUCUUGGCGAUAUUGGUCUGCUUGGCGAUCUCACCUUGGAUUCGGCGCGCGCCUACGAGUUCAACAAGCGCGCAGUCAUGUACAAAAUCCGCCAGGUGGAGGAUUACCUGCUGCCGCACAAGCACUCCAUCCCUUCGCUCGCCAACAGCAAGUGCGAUCGCCACGAAUUCGUCAUCCGCUGGCGUCACAUCACCAACCCGCUGCGAAACUACCCGAAGGAGUUCUUGGACGACUGCCCUCGCAUUCGUGCCCACAACGACCCGCUCGAUCGCAUUUCUGGCGCCUCGUGCUUCCCGGAGGCCGGCGAGCACCAAGCCAAUGCUCGCAUUCGCUGGCUCGGUCCCGGCGUUACGAACGUGACCACCACUCGUCUCUGCCAACACGGCGUUACCGACUACGACAUGACUGCCAAGCUGUUUGUUUUGCAGAAUACGUACAUCGAAGGUCCUUCCUCGGUGCUCUACGAUGACUGCCACGUUUACUCUGGCAGCAACGACGUUCUGUGCAAGGUGCCCGAGCAGUUCAACUUUGGUCUGCCCACCCUCGAGCAAAUGACUGGCAGCGGUGGCUCGCCGCUGUCCCCCAAGCUGACUGCUCGUCCUGGCGAGGAAAUUGUCAACGAGGUGGCACUGCCAGACAACGUGCUGGCCCUGGUCAACACCCACCAGAGCGGCAACUACUACCACUUCACCGCAGAAGUGCUGCCCCGUCUCCUGCUCUUCCUGAACUACACCAACUCGCUCCCCCGCAACUCAAAGUACGCCAACCCAACGUUUGUCAUUCCUGAUGGCAACAAGGUUGCGCUCAACUACCUCCAGCUGCUCAAGGUCCCUGCCAACCGCGUCGUCCGCCACCGCACCCAGCUCAAGCAGGCCCCCAAGGACGAGGUUAUUGAGGGCGACAAGCCCCAGAAGAAGAAGAAGAAGGGAAAACGGGCCGCUGCCGCCGCUGCCCCUUCGGCCGCCGCCGCCGCCGCCAACGGUGGGUACAAGCCGCGCACGGUCUUCUCCAACCGCAUCUUUGCUCGCGAGCUGAUGCUCGUCGAUUGGGAGCUGGACAACCCCGACAUUAUGCAGCACGACACGUAUGCUGCCUACCUCGCGCCUCCCGCGGCUCUGCGCAUGACUCGCCGUCACUUUGCCUGGCCGUAUCGCCCGGAGAAUGAACGCAACUUGAUUAUUUACGUCAGUCGUCAAGACGCCGGCUUUAUUCGCGUCGUGCACAACGAGGACCGUCUCACGGCGGCGCUGAUGCAAACCGUGUCGCGAAUUGUGGUUCACGAAGACGCUGCGCCCUUUGAGUUUGUCAAGUUUGUUGCCGGCCCAGGCAUCUCCAUCGAGUACCAAAUGUCCUUGUUCAGCCGCGCGGCUGUCGUCAUCGGCCCCCACGGCGCUGGCAUGACCAACAUUAUCUGGUCGGCUCCUGGAACUGCCGUCAUCGAGUUCCCCACCCUGCCCAACGCCAACGGUGUGUUUGGCUUCAUGUCGCUGGCGCUUGGUCACAACCACUGGCUGGUGCCUGAGAUGAACACGUGCUACUACUCGGCAUACGAGCUUGAUGUUGAGCGCAUCAAGAACAUUGUCUCGACCCUCCACUCUGCCCUCGGCGAGGUCACCCGCCACGGCCAGCUUGUUACCGUCAACGAGUCCAUGGAUGAUGUUGUCAUCCACGACGAAAUCGCUGUCGCACAGCUCGUCGAUCCGCGAAUCAUCCAGCAGCAGGAGGCCCUGAUUCUCCGGCAGCAAGACCGCGAGAGGGCAGAGGCCGCUGUUGGCGAGGCGGCCGCCGCGCCCGUCCAGGAGGCACCCGAGGACGAAGAAGAAGAGGAGGAAGAGUCUGCGGAAGAGAUUGCCGCAGAGCUUGCCGCAGAAGCAGAAGCACAACGCGAGCGCGAGCACGCACACAAGCGCAAAACGCGCAAGUUCAAGCGUCAAGAGUUUGCCAGUCAUGACGAAUUUUGAUUUAUUAUUCAUAGGCCUUUUGAGCCUUGAUCACUUUUUCUUUCUUUCUUGUUUUUGUUUUUUCUUUUUUUGUUUCGUGCGUUUCCUUCGAGUGUUUUCUUUUUCUCGUUCUGGUCGCUUAUUCGUUUGUGUGGCUUUUGUGGCUUUUCUUUUUUUGGUAUUUGGCAAACGGUUUGGGAUUUUUUGUUGUUCAUUGUUGUUCCCCCUCAUUUCCGACAAUCUCUUCCGAAUAAAGUCCUUUCACC